AUGGAAGAGCCUUUCAAACAAUAUGAGAUCAGAGAAGGUAUAGUUUUCCUAUUAGAGCUCUCCGACGCCAUCUACACGCCAAUCCGCCGGCUCAAAAACCAGACCCAGAUCGGCGAAAUCUUGUCUUGUAUCAAUGACUUGCUCUCGGAAAUGGUCAUCACCUUCCCGAACAAUGGCGUGGGGAUCUAUCUCUACAAUUGUAGCACCACAGGCUCGAAGUAUGCCAAGAACUCGGGCCUCAACAAGAUCUUUUCGCUAAACGAUCUCAACAGUUCCAAUAUGAAAUUGCUCAUUAAUACGAUGAAGGAUGACGCCCAUGGCGGUCACCCGCUCAAGCAGCGUUUCCGGCCUGUCGACAAGCCCGGUGAUAAUCUACAUACGGUGCUCAAGACCGUGCUCCGGGAGUUUCAACGAAAGCCCCAAUACAACCGCAAAAAGUUGUUUUGGUUCACCAACAACGAUAGGCCAUACAUCAACGAGAAGUUGAAAGACAGCUUGCGCACAAUGAUCAGCGAUUUCGAGGAUAACCAGAUCCACGUGACUCCGCUAUUCUUGGACACCUUUACUGACAACGAACAGCACCGGCCAAAGCCUUUCGACGCGUCCUUAUACCAAAACAUUUUUCUCAAUACAAAUUAUUUGAGACCUGCCGAGUCGCUAGAUCCGGAUGCCGAGUUUGGUGCAAAGAAAGAUCCCAUGCGAUGGCUGAAAACAACUGUGUCCUCGCAAAUCCGAGAUUCCAUUUUCCGGCUCAAGGAAGUGAAGCGCGUCCAGUUUUCCUGUGAUUUGGUUCUCAGUGACGGGCCCGAAAUCGGUGGGCGGCUCGGCUGCUCUGUCAAGGGAUACACCUUGUAUAAUCACGAGCAAAUCAGGCUGUUCAAAAAGGUAAGCACCGAAAGUGGCGAGAUAAGAAUGGCUCACACCGACACCAAGCGCCUCAAAAGCGGUACAACAAAGGAACUCGACCCCCACAACCUUGAGAGCAACAUGGCCAUAUAUAAGGGCGUUCCGGUGAAGUUUUCCAAUGACGAGUCCGAACCUCAGGAGAAGAUCUUGCUUUUAAAACCGGAGGUACUUGAUUUCAUGGGCAGGUAUUCUUUUGAUCACAUUCCAAAGGAUUACAAGCAAGAGAUUGAUGGCGAGGCCAGUGUUGGGGACUGUGACGACGAGACUACCGGGGAGCAAGUCGAGUUUUCCAACGCCCCGUACUUGAAACUCUUGUGCUUCAGAAAAUUGCGGAAGUUUCAGCCCUAUUUCAACAUGAAACCUCCGCUGUUUGUGGCAGCGGACUUGAAUGAUGGUUUGAGCGGGUCGCUGACCCAGGGCGGCUACUCAAAUUCGUUCGACACCUUCAAGACAUUGUACCAAUCUUGUGUACGGCUCAAGAAGUAUGCCAUUCUUUUUGGCUGCACGAAAAGGACAUCCAACCCAAACUUAUACGCCCUUUAUCCCACAAACAUCUCCGGGGAGUCAACCAGCAAGACGCCCGACGGAUUUCUCCUAUUCAAUCUCCCAUGGUUGAGUGAAAUCCGAAGUCUACCGGACCACAUGUUGACUAAUGAUGGGGGAAAGUUUAUUCCAGAGCACGAGGAUCUUAAGCCCACACAGCUCGUCACCUUGUACGGAAAGCUCGUGGACCAUAUCCAACCAUGGGCUGGCUAUGAACCGAGCGCCUAUGAGAACCCGACUUUGCAUUAUUUCUACAAAACAAUAAAGCAGGAAGCGUUGCAGUUGGAUACUGAGCAUGAGGACCUGAGUCUACAAGCAAACGAUUGGAGUGUCCGUGAGCUUCUAAAAUUCCGUAAGAAUAUAGACGCGGAGAGAGAUGUUCAGAGCACGUUCCGAUUUCUCAACCAGGUGUUGGGAAAAAUUGAUAAGCAAUAUUCGACCAAGCGUGAGGCUGAUGCUGAGACGUCUGCUUCGAAGAAACGAAAGGUCGAAAGUUUGAGUGAGGCUGCUGUGAUCACCGUCUGGAAGAACGAUACCUGGAAAAAUGUGAGAGUGGAUCAGCUUCGCGAGUUCAUGAACCGAUAUGACGGGAUUAAGAAGGCUUCCCGCAAAACCGACAUGAUCGCCAACAUCAUCGAAUUUCUAGAAAGCAAGCGCAGGUAA